CCGUUUGGUCACAUUAGGCCAACAGGCACACACAUAUGCGCCACUUACGCAACUACGUGUUGGCCGCAUUCACAAACGCGCGCAGUGCUGGCCAGUGUACACGUAUACAUAUAUUCGCCUGUAAAAAAAAAGGAGAAAGUGUUGCCAAAUCGAUCGACGAUGAAUUGGGAUAAUUCAACCAUUUUGAAGUUCUUAGAACUUUACCGAUCACACUCUUGCAUAUGGGACCCUAAACAUAAAGGUCACAAAAAUAGGCAAUGCUUAGACGAAGCGUGGCUUAAUAUCAAAGAGGAUUUGGGGAUGGAGUACUCUGUCCAAGAGUUGAAGAGGAAGAAGGAGUCCCUGAUGUCUGCUUACAGAGGGUAUCGGAAGAAGAUCAAACGGUCAGAAGACUCUGUAUCUGAUCCGAGUGACGUUUACCAACCCACGUGGUUCGCUUAUUCUUUUAUGGACAGUUUCUUGGGACCUGUAUAUACUUGCUUCAACACUACAAAAGUAGAUGACGAAUGCCAUGUGGUUGUAGUAGAAAAUUCCGAAAGCAAUGAUGUUUACGAAGAAGAAGAAUAUUAUACAGAGCAGUCCACGUCGUCGCCCCAACACUACCAGCCAUCCAACGAAGACAACACACCAGCAGCAUCCAGGGCAUCUAAAAGAAGACAACACGACCCACUCGAAUUGAGCCAGCAAAGCCAUAUGGAGCAAACCUUCAAGUUUGUGAAAAAUAUGUACGAGCUUCAAGCCAAGCACAGGUUCAAACAUGAAGAUGAUGAAUGCUCAGUCUUUGGCCUACUUAUAGCCAAAAAGUUACGCCGACUUUCCGAAGACCGUAGAGACGUGUUAAUGGUCAAAAUUAAUCAACUGUUCAUUGACGAACGCCGGGACUCUAGUGCGCCAAACUCCAACUCAACUUUAUAAUCCUAAGCCAAAAUGUUCAGGAAUAUUUGAAAGACAACCAACCAGGGGCGUAGCUAACGCCGUGACAGCCGUAUCAAUGAUACGGGGCUCCCGGUCUACAGGGGCCCCUUACGUGUGAAAGCAAAAAAAAUGUAAAAUAUAGGUUAUCCACAAUCUCUUUUUGUCCCUGGUUAAGUUAAGCGUGCGCCCAAAAGUUGGAAUAACGGAAACAUCUUUUAUAGGUUAAAUAUUCUGUCAUAUUUAUUUAUUUUCUUUUUGAGGUAAUUUUAGGCCCCCCAACUAAUUUUGUUACAGGGCCCCUCCGAGACACGCUACGUCACUAAAACCAACCACCAUAAUUAUAUCAAAAGACUUCUGAUUCGUUGAAAGAGUUUCUAUUGCAGAAACCAAAAUAGCUGAUGUCCAUUUAUCUCAAACAUUUCGCCUAGACAAUAAAAUUUUAUAUAGCUAAUAUAAAAUUGUUUAUCUUCACCUCUCUUUUUAAGAUACUCAUACAAAGCUGUGCAAACUUCCAUGUUCCAAUAUAAAUUUGGAAAUACAUAUUUAGUUUGAUUUGAUACUUAUUUUAAAAUUAUUAUAAGAAUCUCGCACCUCAUGGUUUAUAGUUAAACAGGCUAACCAUUGAACCUAUUCAGCAGUUGAGAUUUGAGCAGAAGCCAUUGAAGACAUUCAUUAAAUAGUAAUUAGUGGGCACAUUAUUUUGUUGCCAUCAAACUUUACGAUAACAGGUCGUUGACCCGAUGGCUCCGGUGAUAAUAUUCUACUAAUACUGUGAAUAAAUGAACUGCCUCAUUGGUCCAGUCAUUACGGUUAGUCCAUAUAGCUUUGGAUAGUGAAGUUCUGGUAUCAGCAGUAUCAGCUGGGCCGAUUGAGAUGGCUGGUGGGAGGUGGGAGGUUUCGGCUGUGUGUGUGUGCUAGUUACCACGCUACCCGCAAAGACGUACCGCCAAGCGAUAGCGUUCCGGUACGAUGUCGCGUAGAAACCGAAAAGGGGUGUCUAGGAUGAAGUUGGUUAGUUUAUACAUAUAGAUUAACACAUAGGGUAAACUCCAAAACUAUGAGUACCUAACUACUUAUGUACUUUAGUUUGUUUUUGCAGAUGCAUUAAAAAUUGAUUAAGCAAAAAGAAUUUUUAUUUUGAACGGUAUUUACAUUUUACUUGGAUUACAGUUAGCAAAAGAAUUGGAUUAAAUUGAAUCACUUAUUUUAGGUAAGUCAAAUUGAACAACAAUUCGGAUUUUGCUAAGAUUGGAUCAUAGUUAGGGCUGCUACCU